AUGUCCACACCAACGAGAUGGAACCCAAAAGACGAGGCCAAACAUUUGCCAAUAUAUCGGCACAAAACCAAACUAAUUCGGGCUGUCAAAGACGACACUUUCCUGCUUGUCACCGGUGAAACGGGAAGCGGGAAAACAACACAACUCCCACAGUACCUGCACGAAGCAGGCUUUUCUAGAAAUGGCAAAAUUGGCAUCACCCAGCCCCGCAGGGUGGCUGCCAUCACCGUGGCCCAGCGGGUGGCCCAGGAGAUGCAAUGCACUCUGGGUAGGGAAGUGGGGUAUCAAGUACGUUUUGAUGAUUGCACGUCACAGGACACUGUGGUGAAGUACAUGACGGACGGCUGUCUGCUGCGGGAGGUCUUGGCCGACCCGGCGCUGUCUCAGUACAGCGUGAUCAUACUGGAUGAAGUUCACGAACGCAGCCUCAACACGGACAUCCUGCUGGGUCUGUUGAAGAAAAUCUUCUUCAAUCAAUCCAAGGCCGCCAAGCAGCGCUCCCACCCCCUGAAGGUGGUGGUGAUGUCCGCCACCUUGGAAUCGGACAAAAUCUCUGCGUUUCUCGGCAACUGUCCCGUUUUUGCUAUUCCUGGGCGGGUGUUUCCUGUGACGUGUACAUUCGGCUUCGCCGUGGGCCCGAAAGACUUGGAAAGCACUGGUUACGUGAAAGAGGUGGUGAAAGUGGCCCUGGAUGUCCACACGAGUGAAAUGGCUGGGGAUAUUUUGGUGUUUUUAACGGUACAGACUGAAAUUUGCCACGUUAACCCCCCCCCCCUUUUUUCCCCCCCCACCGGUCGGUCAGUGAUCGAACGCGCCUGUGACCUAUUGUUUGAAAAAGCAGAGUCUAUAGACUAUCGCUAUGAUGUUGAGGACCAGACAGUGGAGGGCCUUCUGAUUUUGCCUCUUUAUGGGUCUAUGCCCACUGAGCAACAGAGACAGAUAUUUCAGCCCCCACCCCCCAGAAUAAGGAAGUGUGUGGUAGCUACAAAUAUCGCAGCGACGUCUCUCACCAUCAAUGGCAUAAAGUAUAUUGUUGACAGCGGCUUUGUGAAGCAGCUCAACCACAACUCAAGGGUGGGGAUGGAUGUGUUGGAGGUGGUGCCGAUUUCAAAGAGUGAGGCCCAGCAGAGAGCUGGCAGAGCUGGAAGGACAUCUACGGGGAAAUGUUUCCGUAUCUACAACAAGGAAUUCUGGGAGAAGUGCAUGCCUGAAUAUACAGUUCCAGAGAUCCAGAGGACGAGUUUGACAGCUGUGAUACUAACACUCAAGUGCCUCGGCGUCCAUGACGUGAUUCGGUUUCCUUAUCUGGACUGUCCCGAGGAGAGGUUUAUCCUAGAGGCACUGAAGCAGCUCUACCAGUUCGAUGCUAUUGACAGGAAAGGAAGUGUGACCAAGCUCGGGGAGCUGAUGGUGGAGUUCCCCCUGCACCCAGGCCUCACCAGGGCUUUGCUUAAAGCCGCUUCCUUUGGCUGCCAAGACCUGCUGCUCCCUGUUGCCGCCAUGCUGUCUGUGGAGAACAUCUUCAUCAGGCCAGGAAAACCCGAGAACCAGAAAGAGGCAGAAGAGAAGCACAAAGGCCUGGCUGCAAAGACCGGCGGCAUGAACGACUUUGCCACGCUUCUCAGUGUGUUUCAGUCAUGCAAAGACAGUGAGAGGCCGUCAGCGUGGUGUAAGGACAACUGGAUCCACUGGAGGGCGCUAAAAUCCUCCUUUAAUGUGGAAACUCAGCUGAGAGACAUCCUCUUCCGCCUUCAGCAGAAGAGAGAUUUCCCCAAAGAAACUCAUGACUGUAAUAAAAGUGAGCUCUUCAGACGGUGCCUCUGCUCUGGAUACUUCACCAAUGUUGCCAGAAGAUCCUUUGGAAAAGUGUUUUGCACAAUGGACGGCCACGGAUCAAUGGUCCACAUUCAUCCAUCGUCAUCGCUGUUUGAUCAGGAGGGAGAGCUGGACUGGAUCGUCUUCCAUGACGUGCUGGUGACCUCGCGGAUGUACAUCAGGACGGUGUGCCCCAUUCGGUACGAGUGGGUGAAGGAUUUGUUACCUAAACUCCACGAGGUGGACGUCUACGAGCUGAGCAGUGUGGCAAGAGAGGAAGUAACCGAAGAGGAGGUGACGAAAUGGGAGACCAGGGAAGCAGCAAAAAGACAACAAGAGAGUUCCUCUGAGGAUCUCAUGAAGAAGCUGGAGAAGAGAAACAACGACGCCACAGUGAGUGACGCUCGCGCUCGCUACCUGCAGCGAAAGCAGCAGAGACAGCAGAGCAAAGCUCUGUGA